CGUCCCUUCACCCUAGUAGGAUUCGUAAACUCGCGCUCUGGACUCAGGUUGAAAUCAAUCCAGCUGCGUGCUUGCACGAGACCAUAUCAGCUCUACACACACAGCACCCACAACAUGGCUGGGAAGAUCCAGACUCUUACUAUGGAGGAGAGGGAGCACCUUCUGCCCAUGAUGAGAAAUGCUCAGUGGGUGGAGGUGGUGGGGAGGGAUGCCAUUUACAAAGAGUUCCUCUUCAAAGACUUCAACCAGGCUUUUGGGUUCAUGUCCAGAGUAGCACUACAGGCUGAGAAAAUGGAUCAUCACCCUGAAUGGUUUAACGUGUAUAAUAAGGUUCAGAUCACCCUCAGUACUCAUGAAUGUGGAGGACUCUCACAGCGUGACAUCACCCUUGCAACCUUCAUAGAUCAGGCCUCUGUCCUCUGAAUGGACCCUCUCACUUGACAGCUCGUCAGUCGACCUCUGUAGCCUGUAAAACUGGACCAAAAAUAUUGUGAAACUUCAUUUACCACAGUUAUCACCAUAUCAGUUUUGACUGUGUGUAGUCUGCCUGUUACGCCUAAUAUUUUCCCAAAAAGUAUUAAUGGAACAGUCAGGAGAAAUUUCAUCUUUUAAAUUAUUUUACAUUCACAAUACAUGUACUACAGAUCAGAGAUGAGAAUUGCUAGCACACUAAAGAGACCGGUCAAGCCCUAUUACCUUACUGUGUUUUAUGGCUUAGUCUUUUUUUAAAAAAAAAGUAAAUAUAUGGUGCCUUUAUUUUCAUUUGAUGUGACCCAGCGAUGGCAUGGUUAGUGCCUCAGUGAAUUGUAUUAGACUGAAUAUUUGCCAACUUUGGCGCUGUGAAAUUUAUGAAUCAUCUGUCAAAGCACUUGCCUACUGUUUAAUCAAUGAUGUCACAAAAACAUGUUGAGUUUAAAACAUGCACAGCAGCUCUGAAGAAUGGAAAAAGAACACAGAGCCUCAUGUCGAACUUGUGCAAACAUAAGGGCUGGCUUAUACGGAAUUUUACAUAGAAAAAUAAUGGAAAAGCAGUGCAGUAAAUGCAAAAACAAGUUCUAUAAAACAGAGAAAAGUAAAUAUAUUACACGACCAGCAUAUUUAUUUCAAGACAAGGUUUAUUGAUUUAUAUAGGAACAACAAAAACAUUACAGGACAAAAUUGAAAUGGACUGCAUGACGUGGUAAAGGCCUAGUCCCUGAUGUAGCUAGUGUUAACCUAAUAGCACACACCCUGACGUCUGUGGAAGGCAUUUAGGUGAAUGCGGUUAGUUUUGUGCUUCAUACAACCAUAACCGUAGAGGUCAUGUCAUGCUUCAAAAAUUCAGAUCAAGGUGCCUCAUUUUCAGUAGUUACAGUAAUUACAGAUUAUUGCAUAAAGACAUUAAAAUGCUUCAUUUAGGCAAGAAGGGUAACUGUUAGAAGACAAAUAUCCACGUCUACGUCCUAGCCUAAGGCAUGUUACAGUUCUUGAGACUACACUGUAAUACGGUGUUAUCAUACAAAAGAACACCGUCCUACCUCCUACUUGAAGUACCCCAAAAAGAGGUUAAAAAAAGUACAUGGAAAUUACUGAAUAAUAAUAAAAAAAAAAACAUUGAAAUAUGAGACGUUAUAUUAGUUUAAAAUGUAAAAACACACACAGUGGUCACAAAUAUUAUGAGUGCUUAAGGGAUUACAUUGCUGACAAGAUCUGGUGUGAUGUUUCCAUGGUAACAUGUCAUCAUCAUGAUCCUCAUAUCACAGACUUCAUGCACAAAUUAAUUUCCCUUCUUGCUGUUCCAGGCCUUAGCUAUCAUUCAGUUGAGUUAAGCUGGAACAAAGAUCCCAAUCAAAUACAACACACAAAAGAAAGACUCACGAAUCAAGGGAGUCUUUGACUCUCUGAAAACAGUUGUCAGCGAGUACCAUAACCUGGAGCAUGACAUUGACUGAUGAUCAAAAUGCCCAAUUACAUGACAUUUCUCAGGAUUUAGACAAAAGGGAAACAAUGAGUAAGUGUACAAUUAUUUGAACUAUUAGAUAUGAGGUAGAUAGGAUGAAAUGUGAAAAUUGAAAACCCAAAUGGAUGGGAAUUUGAACCUGGAAAUAUGGUUGAACUUCACAACCUGGUGGGUGGAUUUGUUAAGUUUUGCCCUGAUAUCACUUUCCACAGGUAAUUUAAAACCAGAGAGAUAUUUUCUCUUAAAUAAGAUGAAUGUUUUGAGACUGGAUUAUCAAAUAUAUCCUAGUUAUGGGGAAUUUAAAAGAAAUAAAUAAAACUAAACAUUUGCAAUACAGGUUCACCUGAGCAGUACUACCAUCCGAAAACGGUCUGCUAUGUUUUCAAGUUUCUACUGAGAAGGAGAUAUAGCGAAUAUAUAAAAUCCUAACUCCAUGAUUUAUCCAUGUUGAUAGUAUUAUGGAUAUUGGUCUAAUCUGCAUUAUUUAAUUCCUGGGAAGUGUCAAAACAGUCUGUCAAUAACAUGUCAAAUGUAAAGUCAUUGUGACAACAUUAUGCCCUGGCAUCCUGAGGUUUAAGUGGCACACUUCCAAAGAAUAUAGUGGAAAUGUGAUCAAAUACAUAUGGUGUGCACUGGUCCUAAAAAUAAGAAAUUGACCAAAUGAAACAAGGAAAACUGCACUCACUGGUCAC